GAAGCUCAGUGACGUACCAUGCGGCCGCCGGGAGAAGUUUGAAAAUAAACGUGAAACUUUUGUUCCUUUUUAAACGGUUAAUUGUCAGAUGUUCCGCGGGUCGCUUUUGGGGGACACUCGUGGAAGUGGGAGCGGAGAGCUGAAGUGAGGAGUCCGGCCCGGAGGACGCUCGUCUCCCGACUGCGAUGUCGUCCCCGGGUGAAGAGCGUUCGGCCGCGCUGUCCUCGGCUCUGUCCAACGCGGUGGCGGCGGCGAUGGCGGUGGAGGCCGUGUCCGACCUGACGUCGCUGCUGGACGAGUGGGAGGAAGCUCAGCGCGGCAGCACAGACCCUCUGGUCUCCAUCCUCACCAGAAUAUCUGAGCUGAUUGAACGGGAGACGGGAGAAUAUCACAAAGCAGAUCCUGAUCCGUUCGACGACCGUCAUCCAGGACGAGCGGAUCCAAACUGUCGACUCGGACAACUCCUGAAGAUGCUCUUCAUCAACGAUGACUUCACCAACGCACUGCUGGAUAACUACAUCAUGACCAGCAGGGAGGUGAACCUGAACACGGCCGCCUGCCGCCUCCUGCAGAACAUCAUGCCGGGCCUGGACUCGGCCGUCGUCUUCCAGGAGAAGGACGGUUUGGUGGAGAAGUUGUUCGUCUGGGCUCAGGAAGCAGAACGUCCUCUGUCCGUCUACGCUACAGGUCUGUUGGCCCGAGCCAUGAGCAACCAGGAGGUGGCGCCGAGCUACCGGGAGGACAACGCUCGCCUGGUUCCCAUCAUGAUCCGUCGUCUUCACCAGCUGCAGAACGAAGCCUCCGCGACUCACAUGAGCUCCGGUCAGAAUCUACCUCAGGACCAUCAGGACCAUCAGGGCCCCCAGAACCUGGACCAGGACCCCCAGAACCUGGACCAGGACCCUCAAGACCUGGACCAGAACCUGGACCAGGACCAGGACCAGGAUAAGGAGGAGGAGAGGAAACCUCCUCCGUCCUCAUUGGCCCAGAAAAAUGGAGGCUGCAGCUCCACCCGACUCCUCCCAGGCUUCGUUUACCAGGCGAGUCCAGACCAGGAGGACCCCCAGGGAGGAGGAGGAGGAGGAGGAGGAGGAGGAGGAGGAGGAGGAGCGGGGGGGAAGAGACGAGCCACCGUGAAGGAGAACGGGAAGAAGGCCAAGCAGAAGCUGAACUUCACCUCCUCCUGCAGCAGCAGCCGGGCGGAGGAGGAGGUGGAGAAGGAGGCGGCCGAGGAGGAGGUGGAGGGGGAGGAGGAGGGGGAGGAGGCGAGGACCUCCUGGUCCGAGAUGAGCUCCAUGGUGAUCGGCUCCGACUACGUCCUGGCUCCUCUGAGUGCGGCCAUGGAGCAGAGGCUGAUCCUGCAGUACCUGGCGCCACUGGGAGACUACCAGGAGCUCUUGGCCGUCUUCAUGCAGCUGGACACCAGGUCUCUGCUGAUGAGCUACAUCGACCUGAAGAAAACCAACAACGUGCAGCUGACGUUCGACGCGCUGCUGUAUCUGGCCUCGCUGCUCCUCCAUAAGAAGUUUGCUGCUGAGUUCAUAUCUCAUGGGGGGGUGCAGCGCCUCCUGGAGGUUCCCAGACCGUCCAUGGCAGCGACGGGAGUCUCCCUGUGCCUGUACUACCUGGCCUACAACCAGGACGCCAUGGAGAGGGUGUGCAUGCUCCCUGAGGGCGUCCUCUCAGACAUGGUGUCCUACGCCCUCUGGCUUCUCGAGUCGUCCCAUUCGUCGGGCGUCUGUCACGCCACCAUGUUCUUCUCCAUCUCCUUCUCCUUCAGGGCCGUGUUACAGCUCUUUGACCAGCAGGACGGACUCCGACGCCUCGUCAACCUGAUCAGUACUCUGGACAUCCUGAACACAGAUAACGAGGCGUCAGUCAUGAGUGAUGAUCAGACUUUCUCCAGCAGACAGACGGCCAAACACACCUGUAUGGCUCUACGCAGGUACUUUGAGGCUCAUCUGGCCGUGAAGACGGAGCAGGUGAAACAGUCUCUACAUUCUUCAGACAGCGGGACCAUCGUUGCCCAGCAACCGUUCUACAAGGCCUAUUCUUACACCAGGGAGCAGAUCAUUGAGAUGAUGGAGUUCCUCAUAGAGUUCGGUUCUCCUCGGUUCCACUGGGAACCCGUGGAGGUUUUCUCCAAACUCUCCUGUGUUCCUUUGAUGCUGCAGCUCAUCUCCACAGCCUGCGACUGGAGGACCUACUACGGGAGGAGUGACACGGUGCGUUAUGCCCUGGACAUCCUGUCCAUCCUGACCGUGGUUCCUAAGGUCCGGUUGGUUCUGGCCGACACUGUGGAGGUUCUGGAUGAGACCAGGAGUCUGGUCUCUACUGUGGGUAUGAGCAUCAUCCUCGGGGUGGCAGAGGGGGAGGUGUUUGUUAACGAUGCUGAGAUACAGAAGUCAGCGCUACAGGUGAUAAUAAACUGUGUGUGUGCUCCAGACCAGAGUCUAACCACCGUCACCCCCCUCAGGCCCAACCUCCGCCCCCCCCAGCCUCCUCAGACCCCCCACAGCCGCAUCCUGGUCCACAUGUGGCAGGUCCUCCAGAACAACAACGGCAUCAAGGUGCUCCUGUCCCUGUUGUCGGUGAAGACGCCGAUAACAGACGCUGACCUCAUCAGGGCUCUGGCCUGCAAAGCUCUGGUCGGACUCUCUCGCAGCGCCACCAUCAGGCAGAUCAUCAGCAAACUACCGCUGUUCACCAGCGGACACAUCCAGCAGCUGAUGAAGGAGCCCGUGCUCCAGGACAAGCGCAGUGAGCACGUGCUGUUCUGCCGCUUCGCGGCGGAGCUGACGGAGCGUGUGUCGGGGAAACCGCUGCUCAUGGGCACGGAGGUGUCUCUGGCGCGGCUGCAGAGGGCGAGCGUGGUGGCCCAGUCCCGCAUCACCUUCCCCGAGAGGGAGCUGCUGGUCCUCAUCAGGAACCACCUGGUCACCAAGGGCCUCCACGACACGGCCGCCACGCUCGCCAAGGAGGCGCAUUUACCCGCCAGCUCCUCCUGCUGCGCCACGCCUCCUCCUGCUCCUCUCCCUCCUCCUCCUCCUCCUCCUCCUUCAUCAUCAUCCUCCUCCUCAGGACCCAGGACAUGUCGUUUAGCCGGUGGCAUCGCGGCUCGCGUUGGAGCCACCACCCCUUUAUCCUCCCGCUCCAUCUCAACCCCCCCGUCCUCCUCCUCCUCCUCCUCCUCAGCCCUUCCUCCUCCUCCUCCUCCUCCUCUUCUUCCUCCUCCUCCUACUACUCCCACUACUCCUCAGGGACAAAACUCACAUGUGUUCGGUCGGAUUCUGUUUUCUCGUGAGCGUCCGGCGGCCGUUUGUAACUCAGGGAGGAAACUCAGAGCUCUGAAGCAGAAGUCUGACCACGGAGCUUUUAUCCAGACUCCAGCCAUGAAGAAGCAGCUGGAGCGCCACCACCCGUCCCCUCCGACGCUGGACAGCAUCAUCACCGAGUACCUGAGGGAGCAACACGCCCGAUGCCCCAACCCGGUCACCACCUGCCCCCCGUUCUCCCUCUUCACCCCCCACCGCUGCCCCGAGCCCAAGCAGAGGCGGCAGGCCUCCCCCAACUUCACCGCCCGGCUGGGCAGCAGAGUCCUGUACCCGAAGUACGGCGGCGUGGACCGAGGAUGUCUGGACCGACACCUGAUAUUCAGCAGGUUUCGUCCGAUGUCCGUCUUCCACGAGGGCGACGGAGACGAGAGCGGCUUCACCUGCUGCGCCUUCUCGGCCCGCGAGCGUUUCCUGAUGCUGGGAACCUGCUCCGGGCGCCUCAAGUUCUACAACGUGUUCUCUGGGGAGGAGGAGGCCAACUACACCUGCCACACGUCGGCCAUCACUCACCUGGAGCCCUCCAGGGACGGGAAGUUGGUGCUGACCUCCGCCUCCUGGAGCGUCCCGUUGUCGGCUCUCUGGAGCAUGGACGGCGUCUUCAGCCUGAAACACUCGUUCGCCGACGAUAACUACGUCGAGUUCAGCAAACUCUCUCAGGACCGAGUCAUCGGCACCAAAGACCAAGUCGCACACAUCUACGACAUCCAGACGGGUCAGAAGACGUUGACCCUGAACGAGCCGGCUCUGGCCAACAACUACAAGAGGAACUGCGCUACGUUCAACGCCACCGACGACCUGGUGCUGAACGACGGCGUCCUGUGGGACGUCCGGGCGUCGCGCGCCAUCCACAAGUUCGACAAGUUCAACAUGAACAUCAGCGGCGUUUUCCACCCAAACAGCCUGGAGGUCAUCAUCAACACCGAGAUCUGGGACCUGAGGACCUUCCACCUCCUCCACACAGUCCGAGCUCUGGACCAGUGCAGAGUCGUCUUCAACAGCAACGCCACCAUCAUGUACGGAGCGAUGCUCCAGGCUGAUGAUGAGGAUGAUGUCAUGGACCAGCAGAUGAAGAGUCCCUUCGGUUCCUCCUUCAGGACCUUUGAUGCUACGGACUACAAGCCCAUUGCCACCGUGGACGUAAAGAGGGACAUCUUUGACCUGUGCACUGACUCCAAGGACUGUUACCUGGCCGUCAUCGAGAACCAGGACUCAGUGAGUCUGGACACAGUUUGUCGUCUCUAUGAGGUCGGACGACAGAAACUGGCUGAAGAGGGAGACGACGACGAGGACGAUGAAGAUCAGGACGACGACUCCUCGGACUCGGACGACGAUGACGAUGACGACGACGACGAUGAUGAUGAAGACAUGGACACAGAUCCGCUCAUAGAGGAGUUGGUCAAUAACGAGAACCCUGAGAACCAGGAGGGAGGGAACCCUGCAGCUGAGGAAGAGGCCGAAGGCAACGACAACAACAGCAACGAUGAAGAUGAAGAUGAUGAGGAUGAAUCUGACUCUGAGGACUCGUACAGUGAUGAUGAUGAUGAUGAUGAUGAAGGCUCCGACCCGUUUAACCCGGACACCAUCGACUUUUUAGAAGAGUCUGAUGAUGGUGAAGGUCAGUUGUUCUGGUUCUGAUCCAGAGUCUCCUCCUCCUCCUCCUCCUCCUCCUCCUCCUCCUCCUCCUCCUCCUCCAACAACAUUUUCACUUCAAGCGUCAGAUGGACUUUCUCUCGACGAGACGACGGUGAAGAGAAAUAAAUGUUUCCCCCAGAGGCGACUUCAGAGAAAACGCUUCAACGUGACUGAGUUUCUUCUUUUUUUCUCACAACAAGACUUUGUAAAAUGUUUCCUCGUGUUUGGUUUGUUCAGCCUGGAGUUAAUUUAAAGACAUUUUAUAGUUUUUCUAAAAAUGAACAAGAAAAUAAAUGUCUGCAUCUUUUUGUUCUUCUGGGAGUUAUUGACGUCCACACUGAGGCACAGAGCAAAUAAUCAGCGUGGAAUAAAUAAAUAAAAAUAAAUAAAAAUAAAUAAAAAUGUUUUUCAUCCUCAAAUACAAAAAUAUAAAAUGUCAUGAGAAUGUUCCUGUGUGAUGUCUGGAAACCAAGAAAUACCUCCAAUCUGCUCAGCGAUAGAAAAUCACCAGAACAGAAAUAAACCUUUUAUUUUGCCGUUA